AUGGGGCUAGAGCACCUUAAGAAUAUCAUAAUACUUUCCAUUGGAUUUCUCCUUCUGGCUACCGCAUACGGAGGACUGCAAACUUUACAGGUAACAAAACAAAGAAAUCCUUUAAAAAAAAUUAUAUUUAUUAUAUGGAACUUGUUAUUUACAUCUUAAUCCAGUAUUUUAUCUUAUUUCAAUAUCAAGUAAGUGAGAAAGAUAUUGAUUUGACAUUUUAAAAAUCCACAUCAAUUUCAUGAAGAGGCAAUGACUGAACAUACAUACGUUAUUAUUAUUAUUAUUAUUAUUAUUAGUAGUAGUAGUAUUUAUAUAGCACCAGCUAAUUCCGCAACAUUUUACAAUAUUAUGAAAGGGGUAAAUUUACAAUAAAUAAGACAAUUACACGGUGAAACAGAAACAAUAUGUAGAGGGCUCUGCUCAAACAAGCUUACAGUCUAGAGGAGGUGGGGUGCAAAUGCACAACAGGGCAGCAAGGGUGACAGCCACCAAACAAGGUGGAAAAGUAGCAGAGCUGGAGGUGAAAGUGGAGUAUGGCUCUUUUAGGAGAGCAAGAGACAGAUUUGGAUAAGUAUAGAUAAGUUACUCAUAAGCAUUUCUGAACAGAUGUGUUUUGAGGGACUUCUCAAACAAUUGAAGACUGAGGGAGAGUCUGAUGGGGGUAGGCAGGCUGCGAGAAGGCAGUAGUGGUGCAAGCAGUAAUGGUGCGAGACGGCAGACUGGAGAUGGUCACAGGUAGAGCAGAUAGACAGAGAAGGGACAUAUCUAUGAAUAAGAGAAGAAAUGUAAGAGCUUUAUAGGUAAGGGUUAGUAUUUUUAAUUGACACCUAUAGGAUACAGGAAGCCAGUGUAAGGAUCGUCAAAGGGGCGAGGUAUGGGAGGAAGCAUAAAUUACCGAUUGUAGCAGGGAAGUUGAGCUUUAGGGGAGACCAACUAGGAGAGAAUUACAGUAGUCUAUGCAAGAGAUUACCAGAGCAUGAACAAGCUCCUUGGCAGCAUCUUGCGUGAGAAAGGGGCGGAUGCAAGCUAUAUUUCUAAGGUGGAAUCGACAGAUUUUAGCAACAUACUGGAUGUGUGGUGCAAAGAUGAGGUCAGGAUCAAAGAUAACACCAAGACAAUGAGCUUGCAAGGAUGAACUGAUGCAAGUACUGUGACGCGACCAAUCUCGCCACAUUGCAUUGGAGAAGCCUGGUUGCUCGCCUGUUGCCUUUGGAUUAUGGCCCCAUGUUAAAAGGCUUGAUUUUUCCCUGCAAAGACAUGAAAGCCGGGCCAUUUGGUGCUUGCCCUGUUUGAGCGGUGAUACCCCAGAUAGCUAUGCCAUGGAGCCUAUUCGUAUAAUGAAAGACUAUGGGAAAGACUUUGGCUCCAUGGCAAUUGAACUGUAUGUGUGUGCUCUGAGCGCCAUUCAGUAAUAAUGUGCGCUCAGAUCUGAGCUAUCUGGGGAUAUGUUGAAUGUACCUGUUUUGUGCAAUGGCUGCACAGUUAUAUGUUUUUAUGUGUUUUAUUGUCUUUUGCUGCCAUGUGUUCAAUGGAGUUUUGCUUCUGUCUUUGGAGAUAAUUGGAUUACUUCCCAAUUAUCUCCAGGAUAGAAGACUCUGUGGAACUGGUUUUGGGCAGAAAAGCCAUGCUUCCUUUGGUCACAAAGGACUACGAUCUAUCUUUUGAACCAUUGGACCAAUUUGUAUGAAUUUGACAUAUGUUUGUAUUGGGAGUAUGCUGAUUCUGAAAAUGUAUGUGUCAUUCUGAAAAUGCAUGUGUCAGCGUAUGUGAAUGUGAUGCAUACUUUUCAAGUUAUGAAUAAUGUGGAGAAAUUGUAUUUCUCUGCUUGUUAUAAUUACAUUACCCAUUGUGUAAGGUAAUUGAAUCACAGGCAGAGGGGAGGAGGAUUUUGUGUGGGAGUGUCUGAGUGUAUUGUAUGUGUUUAUUGGUUGUGUUCCAAAACCCUGUGGGUGGUACUAAUGUGUAUAUAAGAACAAUAAACCCACAGCUCUGACUGUUCACUGCUUGACCCUCAACACGGAGCUUUGUCUCGUUCUUGGGGGGAUUUAUUGUAUGCUGUUCCAGUUCAACUGCUAGGAGUGUAAACCUAUUCGUUUGGUUUUUCCUAUUCGGCUGUUUACGGCAUUCAUAUGGUUUCCUGUUCGGCGGAUUGGUGUUCUGCAGUAGCUGUGCCUGUGUCUCUGAAAGGGAAGAUCUACUAAAUGGCGGUUUAACCCUUGUAUGCCUGGGGGUGCCGUUACAAGUACCAAAUCCAAUCAGAGAUUGAAGAAAGGCAGGCAGUGACACAUACACACACACACACAUACCAUGACAGACACAAACCGUGACACAGACACACACAUACACCGUGACACAGACAGAAACACACACACACCGUGACACAGACAGAAACACAGACACACCAUGACAGAAAGGCACACCAUGACACAGACAGACACACACACCAUGACAGAGACACACACACAUACCAUGACAGAGACACACAUUAAAAAAGACACACACACACACACACACCUUGACACACACACAGCAUAACACAGACAGACUGUAACACAGACGCACACUCACCGCGACACAGACACACAUUAUAUGACACAGACACACACACCAUGACACACAGACACACACACACCACGACACAGAGAGACCGUGACACAGACACACACACAUACCAUGACAGAGAAAGACAUUAAAAAAGACACACACACACACACCUUGACACACACACACCAUAACACAGACAGACUGUGACACAGACACACACCCACCAUGACACAGACACACAUUACAUGACACACACACCAUGACACACAGACACACACACAUCACGACACAGAGAGACUGUGGCACAGACACACACACACACACCAUGACACAGACAGACACACAUUACAUGACACAGACAGACACACACACACCAUGACAUACAGACACACACACACCAUGACAAACACACACACACACCAUGACACAGACAGAGUGUGAUACAGACAGACACACAUUACAUGACAGACACACACACACACAAUGACACAGACACACAUUGCAUGACACAGACAGAUGCACACACCAUGACAGAGAGAGAUGCACACACCAUGACAGACAGAGGUACACACACCAUGACACAGACAGACACACACACACCAUGACACAGACAGACACACACUCACACCAUGGCACAGACGCACACACCACGACAGACAGAGACACACACCCACACACACAUACACCAUGACACAGACAGACACACACAAUGACACAGACACACACACCAUGACACAGACAGACACUCACACACCAGGACACAGACACACACACACACACACACCAUGACACAGACACACACACACACCAUGACACAGACAGACACACACACAAAUUACACAGACACACACACACACAUACACUCACACUGACACACAUAAUUGCUACCUGUGUGCUGGCAUGGGGAGCUCUGAUGGCGGCCACAGGGGGAGCUGGCUGUUCUGUCUCUGCUCCCCCACCCUCGCACUGCUUAAUGAGACAGGGGCCAGAAUAUGACGUAAUAUUCCGGCCCCCGUCUCAUUAAGCGGCGCGGUGGGGAGGGGAAGCAGAGACAGAACAGCCAGCUCCCCCUGCGGCUGCCAAAAGAGCUCUCCCUGCGACCGCCAGAAGAGCCAGCUGCCUGCCCGGACCCAGGUGCCGAUGGCCCACCGGGAAAUUUCCCGGUAUCCCGGUGGGCCAGUCCUGCCAUCACUCUCCGCCCGAACAUUAGUUCAAAUGGGGAGAACCCAGUCGAUUCCUGUGGCAACUCCUGAUAAGCGAACAGGAGAUGGGGCAGGAAUUUUUCCCAAUCCUUACUUGUUGCUGCAAAGGUACGGAUCAUUUGCUUCAACGUACUAUUGAAGCGCUCGCACAGGCCAUUGGCCUGCGGGUGGUAAGGGGAGCUCAGGAUCGGUUUAAUGCCGCAUAAUUUCCACAGUUGGUGGGUCAUUGGGUGCCCUGGACUGAGAGAAUCUCCCGGGGAAAACCCAUCCGGGAUAACAUUCGCAUCAGGGCUUCAGCCACAGUCUCUGCCUGGAUAUUGCUUAGGGUGACUGCAUCGGGGUACCGAGUCGCGUAGUCCACGAUGGUCAGAAUGUACUUCUUCCCAGAGGGACUACGCUUCCCCACUUUCUGGAAGACAUCGCAGGUCUGGCAGUACUGCCUCAGAUCCUGAGAGAUGCCGGGCCAGAAGAAUGUUUGGGUGAGCCGAGACACUGUCUGGCCACUGCCCAAAUGUCCUGCCAAGUAGAUUUCGUGAGAUAGCUUCAGUAGCUCAGACUGAUACUUCUUGGGCACCACCAGCUGCCAAUGGUAAUAGGGGCUGUAACUGGUUCUUUCCUCACUGCUAUGCUGUAUAAAUACCCUCCUCUUUCCCUACCUCCCCUGUGGGUUCUCUGUCCCUGUAUCCUUGUAGGUUCGGGUCGGAGGCUACCUCCUUCUCAAACUCAGCAGGGAUAUCCCGUAUGGGGACCGGGUCAGGGAUAGGAUCCCAGGGCUCUGGGGCUAGGUCCUGGUGUAGGGAAGAAAUGGCACCCAGAAGGAGGGGGACUGAGUCGGGGGGCUCGCUUAUGGGGCCUUCUACGGGACCUUGGGGAGUGAAAAGGGGCACAUGUGCCUACCUGGGCCUCAGAGUGUGAGCUGACUGGGGGUGUGAGCCAACUGGGGUGGUACGGGCUUGCUGUCUGGACAUCGCUGUUGGGACUAAAGGCAGAGGGAAGGUGUGCCAGGUCAAUGCCGAGAAGAACUUCGGCGGGAAGUCAAUCCAUGAGGCCCAUUUUGACCUUCUAGGCUACAGCUCCCCAAUCCAGGUGGACAUGGGCAGUGGGUAUAUAGUGAACGUUCCCUCCGGCCACUCGAACGGCAACAGUAUCCUGUCUUUUCUUCCACAGGGACAAGCUGGGGUUGCACCAGAGCUAGAGUGACUCCUGUGUCUUGUAAUCCUUGGACCUUGUGCCCGUUAAGCCGCACUGCCUGUCUCUGUGGUGGUCCCGGUUAUCAUGUGCAGCCUGAGCGGGUUUGGACUCAUGUAGAAUGGUCCAGGCUUCAUCAUCGGGGCACGGAAACUCUGUGGGGUCAUCGUGGUAGCAGACAGCUGCUGCUUGUGGGUUGGCAGGGACUACGGGGGUGACCUACUGCGUUUUGGUGGCAGUUGACUUUGACGUGGCCCAAUUUGAGGCAUUGGAAGCAGCGCCGUUCCACCCUGGGGUAGACUCGCUGGGGGGGUGCUCGUACCAGGGGUCCACGAAGGGGAGCCGCAGAAACUGAGCUGCGUUGGAGCAGAGGCCGGGCGGGUGGUCGGUAGCUGGGAGAGGGAGCAGGGUGAUGGGACCGGCAAGUAUCAGCAUAUUCAUCAGCCCAUUUGGCUACUUCGGUGAUGGUUUUGGGUUGUCGGUCUCUUACCCAUUCCUGCAUCUCUGUGGGGAGCCCACUGUAGAAAUACUUGAGCAUGAAAGCUUGGAGUAUCGGGGGAUUUGGCUUGUUGGGAGGCCAUCCAGCUGAGGGUGGUUUAGAUGAUACGGCAUGCCCUCUCUGCAUGGGAGUCCUUUUCGCCUUUCUUGAUCCCCUGGCACUUCCUGCGGUUACGCCUCCGGGGUUACAAUGAACUGUGCUAGCAGGACUGCUUUGACCGAUUUGUAUUUAUGGAUCUGGUCUGUCAGUACAUAUCGGUAGGCCUCUGCCGUCCGCCCAGAUAGGGUUUUGGCCAAGAUAGCGACUUCCUACAAUAGACACUGUUGCUUGAAAUCCUGCAGGAAAUCAUCUUUAAAGGCGGCAAAGGGCAAUUUAGGGUUUUGGGUUGAGUUUUCUAGGGACCUCUCUCUUGUUCGUUUAUCUGUCUGUAGGGGGUUCGCCCCAUGCUUCUGAGCCAGAAUAAACGCUUGGGUCUCAGAGAUGAGCUUGGAGGCUCUGGGAAUAGGGCCAAGUGCUGCCUUACUGCUUUGGUGACCGUUUCCUCUUCUCCCUCCGGCUGUGGAGUAGCUGCCUCCUGUCUUUGCUGGUCGUCUUCCAUGAGUUCGGCAAUCAACUCAGCCUUCUUACGAUUUCCUGCCAACUUCCCUCUUGCUUCCAGCAAGUCCUCUAGAUUUGUCUUUUAAUGGUCCAUGGGUCUGUUGGCAGGGACAUGGGAUCCCGCCGCUGCCACCAGUUGUAGCGGGCCCAAGGUAAAUGGCUGGUUACCCCUGCUAUUAAUGUAGUAAGAGACCCAUUUGCCCCAGUAACUGGAUGACACACAGUUCCAGGGGUACAACGUUUCACAAUCUUUAUUAGGUCACACAGCUUUUUAUGCACAGACCCCUACAGGAGGUUUCCAGCCAACAAAACACAAUCCCAGGGGGCUGAGAUAACCAUUUCCUGCUCUGGGAGAUACCAAUAGUACACAUGAAAACACAUUACAUACAGGGGUUGACCUUUUUUUGGCUCGGCACCCCAGGGGUUACAGGUUUGGUUAGGAUCCCUGCAAAAAGCGGGGCGAUCGGAUGUACAGAGCCUUAGAUAUCAGCAUCCAAAGUCUGGGGCUCGAGGCACUGUACAUCGCCAAAAUAAGUUCCAUGGUUACUUGGUUUAGUACAGCGAAUUCAAACUUUGCGCCUAAACCAAGCAAGAAUCAAUCAUCUGAAAGGGCGCAAACCAAAUCGCGGCAAUCAACGCUCAGGGGAGGAAGGAGUUUCGCUGCCCAAUCCUAAGAACAGGCGCGAAACUCAGGUUGCACCAAUCGGUGUUCGGGAGGAGGGGGUUUCGCGGCCCAAUCAGAAGAAAGGGCGCAAAACCUUUUUUGAAGGGCACUCCUGCUCUGAUAGGUUGCCGGCACCUCACAGCAACCAAUCAGCGCUCCCUCGUGCCGACCAACCGGGAGGAUGGCGCAAACCCAAUUUGAAUGGGCGCUCCUUCUCCCAUUGGUUGGCAUGGACUUCCACACUGCCAUCGGGACCCUGCGGCCAUGAGACUGACUCACAGCCCCAGGGAUUCCCUGCUGCUGAGCGUCCCUAGCCUCGUAGCUCCCAGGUAGGGGAAAUCAAUGAUCACAGCUCCACUGGAGAGCAGUUAAGAUGAUCCCCAACACGGGGAUCGAAGACAGUGUGUGGAGGCUGGUUCGGGAUGCAAACGCUCCCCCUGGUGGCCAUUCGUUGAUACGCACUGGUGGCCACUAAGGGGAAGCACACACCGCUUGUUAGCGAGGUGUGAACAUUCUUACACACGUUCUAAAUGAAGUAUUGGGGAGGUCUGGCGCACUGGGUUCCGUGCACCGGAGCGCCCCUGCGUGGUUGAAUCUUGCGGUCUGGGGUUUUCACGCCUUGCUAGCGAGGUGUGAACAUUCCAACUAAACAUUCUAAAUGGGGUAUCAGGUGGAGCCCCGUGCGCCGGAGUGCACCCAUGUGGUUGAAAAUAAAUUUUCUUGAUUAAGUGUAACAAUUGCAAAAAAGGGAAAAACUACAAAGGUGAAACACACAUUCCAAGGGUGCACAUCCACAAAUAGGAAAGGAUAAUUCAUGCUUAGGCAGCAAUCCCGCCAUAAGUUCAAAUUACAGAUUUGAAACCUCUCUCCCAAAGUAGGAGACAAAAAUGGGAAAGACUACAAAAGGCUUAACUUUAACUUAAACUGUUUUAUCACUUGCUCUCUCUCAGAGGCUGUUGCGUGUGCCAAUUCCUGCUGUACCCCUGGGGUACCUAGGUGCUCCCUAUCUAGCGGGAAAACAACCUCAAUUGCUAGGUAGGUAGUGCCAUAUUGUAACCUAUGUUAGUGUAUAGUGAUGUCCCGAACCGUUCGCCGAACCGUUCGCCACGGAUGGCGAACAUAUGCGCUGUUCGGUCCGCCCCCUAUGUCAUCAUUGAGUAAACUUUGACCCUGUACCUCACAGUAAGCAGACACAUUCCAGCCAAUCAGCAGCAGACCCAAACAGACCCUCCCACCUCCUGGACAGUAUCCAUUUUACAUUCAUUGUGAAGCUGCAUUCUUAGUGAGCUGUCCAGGAGGUGGGAGGGUCUGGGAGGGAGGGUCUGCUGCUGAUUGGCUGGAAUGUGUCUGCUGACUGUGAGGUACAGGGUAAAAGUUUACUCAAUGAUGACAUAGGGGGCGGACCAAACAGCGCAUAUGUUCGCAAUGUGCCUGUGUGGGCCGGGGAGAGGAGAUCUUCCCUCCGGUCCAUGAUGGCAAACAGCAGGGCUGGCGCUUGGAUAGUGCCAGACCGGCAUGGGCCGGCAGGGGAGACCCUCGGCCUUACUAUUUUCUUGGGGGGGGGGGCAACUGCUCCAUUGCCCCCCCUUGGACCUGCCACUGCACUGCCCCCCCUCCCCACCACUCUAAUACACUUUCCCCAAUUUAAUUCACUGCCCCCUCCAUCAAAUUAAUACACUGACCCCCUCUCUCUCUCAAAUGAAUACACUGCCCCCUACCACCCUCAAAUUAAUUCAGUGACCCCUUCCCAAUUUAACACACUACACAGGAAGGUUUCCCAUGCCCCUCUUAAGAUGAGCUACCCAUCCUCCAGUUCCAGUCCUGCUCUUCUCUGCUCAAACAGGCUAGAUGCUCCUCUGGCACUGCAAGCAGGAGGGAGGGGGAGUGGCUGCCGUGCUCUGCAGCAGGCAGGCACUCUGCACUCUUGCAGACAUGGUAGGGAAUACAGCCACAGCACAAAGUGGCCCCAGGGCUGGAUCUAAUCCCCCGAGGCUGCCUGGGCAUCCUUAUCUUAGCAACAGCCCUGGUUCAAGCUCUGCACAGUGUACAGGAGUGGAAAAAUGAUGCCCCUGUCAAAGUGCCUUCUGAAGCCAUGGGUCCACUGGAGCCAAUGGACAGGUCGGCCCUGGAACUGAUGCUGACAAAAAAAAUCUGAAAUUUUAAUAUUCCACUAUGCUUUUGUAAUAUUGUUAAUAGACUACAGACUUUUCACAUUGUUACAAAGAAAUUAAUCAAAAUGAUAUAUUUGGCUGUGCAGAAUACUUGUUCAUAUUAUGAUACACUGAGUUCUGGGAGCAAAAUAAAAUAUUCUAGUAAAGUAUUAUACAUAUUAAACAACAAAAUAGUGCAUAAUAACAAUAAUUAAUAAUACAAUAUAAAAUACUGGCUUCCACCCGCUAAAUAUAGGUGACUUUGUGGAUAUAAUACAGGGGGUGCAGAAUUAUUAGGCAAGUUGUAUUUUUGAGGAUUAAUUUUAUUAUUGAACAACAACCAUGUUCUCAAUGAACCCAAAAAACUCAUUAAUAUCAAAGCUGAAUAUUUUUGGAAGUAGUUUUUAGUUUGUUUUUAGUUAUAGCUAUGUUAGGGGAUAUCUGUGUGUGCAGGUGACUAUUACUGUGCAUAAUUAUUAGGCAACUUAACAAAAAACAAAUAUAUACCCAUUCCAAUUAUUUAUUAUUACCAGUGAAACCAAUAUAACAUCUCAACAUUCACAAAUAUACAUUUCUGACAUUCAAAACAAAACAAAAACAAAUCAGUGACCAAUAUAGCCACCUUUCUUUGCAAGGACACUCAAAAGCCUGCCAUCCAUGGAUUCUGUCAGUGUUUUGAUCUGUUCACCAUCAACAUUGCGUGCAGCAGCAACCACAGCCUCCCAGACACUGUUCAGAGAGGUGUACUGUUUUCCCUCCUUGUAAAUCUCACAUUUGAUGAUGGACCACAGGUUCUCAAUGGGGUUCAGAUCAGGUGAACAAGGAGGCCAUGUCAUUAGAUUUUCUUCUUUUAUACCCUUUCUUGCCAGCCACGCUGUGGAGUACUUGGACGCGUGUGAUGGAGCAUUGUCCUGCAUGAAAAUCAUGUUUUUCUUGAAGGAUGCAGACUUCUUCCUGUACCACUGCUUGAAGAAGGUGUCUUCCAGGAACUGGCAGUAGGACUGGGAGUUGAGCUUGACUCCAUCCUCAACCCGAAAAGGCCCCACAAGCUCAUCUUUGAUGAUACCAGCCCAAACCAGUACUCCACCUCCACCUUGCUGGCGUCUGAGUCGGACUGGAGCUCUCUGCCCUUUACCAAUCCAGCCACGGGCCCACCCAUCUGGCCCAUCAAGACUCACUCUCAUUUCAUCAGUCCAUAAAACCUUAGAAAAAUCAGUCUUGAGAUAUUUCUUGGCCCAGUCUUGACGUUUCAGCUUGUGUGUCUUGUUCAGUGGUGGUCGUCUUUCAGCCUUUCUUACCUUGGCCAUGUCUCUGAGUAUUGCACACCUUGUGCUUUUGGGCACUCCAGUGAUGUUGCAGCUCUGAAAUAUGGCCAAACUGGUGGCAAGUGGCAUCGUGGCAGCUGCACGCUUGACUUUUCUCAGUUCAUGGGCAGUUAUUUUGCGCCUUGGUUUUUCCACACGCUUCUUGCGACCCUGUUGACUAUUUUGAAUGAAACGCUUGAUUGUUCGAUGAUCACGCUUCAGAAGCUUUGCAAUUUUAAGAGUGCUGCAUCCCUCUGCAAGAUAUCUCACUAUUUUUGACUUUUCUGAGCCUGUCAAGUCCUUCUUUUGACCCAUUUUGCCAAAGGAAAGGAAGUUGCCUAAUAAUUAUGCACACCUGAUAUAGGGUGUUGAUGUCAUUAGACCACACCCCUUCUCAUUACAGAGAUGCACAUCACCUAAUAUGCUUAAUUGGUAGUAGGCUUUCGAGCCUAUACAGCUUGGAGUAAGACAACAUGCAUAAAGAGGAUGAUGUGGUCAAAAUACUCAUUUGCCUAAUAAUUCUGCACUCCCUGUAUAUACGCACACAUAUACACUGCUCAAAAAAAAUAAAGGGAACACUUAAACAACACAAUGUAAGUCUAUCGCACUUCUGUGAAAUCAAACUGUCCACUUAGGAAGCAACACUGAGUGACAAUCAAUUUCACAUGCUGUUGUGCAAAUGUGAUAGACAACAGGUGGAAAUUAUAGGCAAUUAGCAAGACACCCACAAUAAAGGAGUGGUUCUGCAGUUGGUGACCACAGACCACUUCUCAGUUCCUAUGCUUCCUGGCUGAUGUUUUGGUCACUUUUGAAUGCUGGCGGUGCUUUCACUCUAGUGGUAGCAUGAGACGGAGUCUACAACCCACACAAGUGGCUCAGGUAGUGCAUCUCAUUCAGGAUGGCACAUAAAUGUGCAUGUGUCUGCUCAAACGGUCAGAAACAGACUUCAUGAGGGUGAAACGAGGGCCCGAUGUCCACAGGUGAGGGUUGUGCUUACAGCCCAACACCGUGCAGGAGGUUUGGCAUUUGCCAGAGAACACCAAGAUUGGCAAAUUCGCCACUGGCGCCCUGUGCUCUUCACAGAUGAAAGCAGGUUCACACUGAGUACAUGUGACAGACGUGACAGAGUCUGGAGACGCCGUGGAGAACAUUCUGCUGCCUGCAACAUCCUCCAGCAUGACCGGUUUGGCAGUGGGUCAGUAAUGGUGUGGGGUGGCAUUUCUUUGGGGGGCCGCACAGUCCUCCAUGUGCUUGCCAGAGGUAGCCUGACUGUCAUUAGGUACCGAGAUGAGAUCCUCAGACCCCCUGUGAGACCAUUUGCUGGUGCGGUUGGCCCUGGGUUCCUCCUAAUGCAAGACAAUGCUAGACCUCAUGAGGCUGGAGUGUGUCAGCAGUUCCUGCAAGACAAAGGCAUUGAUGCUAUGGACUGGCCCGCCCAUUCCCCAGACCUGAAUCCAAUUGAGCACAUCUGGGACAUCAUGUCUCGCUCCAUCCACCAACGUCACGUUGCGCCACAGACUGUCCAGGAGUUGGCAGAUGCUUUAGUCCAGGUCUGAGAGGAGAUCCCUCAGGAGACCAUCCGCCACCUCAUCAGGAGUAUGCACAGGUGUUGUAUGGUGUUGUCAUACAGGCACGUGGAGACCACACAGACUACUGAGCCUCAUUUUGACUUGUUUUAAGGACAUUACAUCAAAGUUGGAUCAGCCUGUAGUGUGUUUUUCCACUUUAAUUUCGAGUGUGACUCCAAAUCCAGACCUCCAUGGGUUGAAAAAUUUGAUUUCCAUUUUUUUAUUUUUGUGUGAUUUUGUUGUCAGCACAUUCAACUAUGUAAAGAACAAAGUAAUUCAGAAGAAUGUUUAAUUCAUUCAGAUCUAGGAUGUGUUAUUUUUGUGUUCCCUUUAUUUUUUUGAGCAGUGUAUAUAAAAUACAAAUGUUUAAAACACACAAAGUAUCAUAACAACAUACAAAUGGGGUUUCAUCUUAUCCUAGGUAAAAAAAUAAUAGUGAAGUAUUGUAACACCAAAGAUAUUGAAAGCUAAUUGGUUGCACUCACAAAAUAUUUGAAGUUUAAAAUGCCUCAAACCCUCUCAGCGGUUUUCCUUGUGGGCUAGUAAAAUGACUCCUUUUGUCAGAUAUAUUGCAAGUGAAAAAGGCUGAUCAGGAGGAGCCUUAAAGGGGUAGCUGCCAACUUUUUAGUAAAUGCUAAGUAUAUAAUUAUAUCUAUCUUUUAUGCUUCUUUUUGUCAAUUUUUUUUAUAUACAAAGUAUCAUAAUCAUUUACAGCUAUUUGAAAGGAUGUUGCAGAUCACACAAAUAAACAAUUCAAUUAGUCACAUCCUUUUAAAUAUCUGUACAUGCUUGAUAUAUUGUGUCAAUUAUUAGAUGAAGUAUAUCUCAUUAAUGUGGCAGUGUUGUAUUUCUCCAAACAAAUUCAUUUGGGUUUAACUAACGUUAUUUCUUUUUACAGAGUAGCUUGAACCCGGAGAAAGGCCUUGGUGUUGCAUCAUUAAGUGUUGUCUACGGAUGUCUUAUAUGUUCUUCUCUUCUUCUCCCACGUAUUCUUAUAAAGAAAAUUGGUUGCAAGUGGACAAUUGUGGCUUCCAUGUGCUGUUACAUCACAUAUUCGGUGGGAAAUUUUAAGCCCAACUGGUACAAAAUAAUUUUAUAUAUUUUUGUUUUAUCCAUAAAAUGCAUUUGAAUAGAUUGUAAAUGUGGAGUCUUAGUAUGAACUGGAGAAACAUAUCAUAUUACAGGUUUAAAAAUGUCCGCUCGCGGGGCAGGACCUGACAUCCAAGCGGAGCAGUUGCAUUUCUGGCGAGCUCCUGCAACAAGCACUGAUUUGAGGCACUAAAAGGCCACCAACCUGCAGAUCAGACCGUGCAAAAUAAACAGCGUGAUAAAGGGCAUCCUGACAAACCCGCUAGUGUCAAACUAUUGACGCUACUCACCAGAUUGUCUGAUUCCUGACUUUGCAGCUUACAGGCGGACCUGACAUGGGAGGGACGGCCGCACUCCGGGCGUUCUAGUUGGCCAAGCAGACCAAGCUGAUUUGAUCUGCCCCCCCCCCCAGGGACCAGUGGGGGUUGACCCAGUCCCCACCAGGGAACACUACUACACCUCCCAAGCAUAGCAGCUUAUACUCACCUUACCGACAAGUGGUGAGUGGUGUACCCAAGAUGGCCGCCGUACCAACUGACCACAUGCCCUGCUGGGAGAUAAAGUUCCAGGCGGCUUUCGAAACCCUGUGUGCAGCGUUGUGGACCCGGAUCGAGUCCCACCAGCGGCAACCCACACUCACCUCAGCUAAGCCCAUGGAGGACCCAAGCAUGGCACUUCCAUAAGGCUGAGGGCCAAGAAGAGCAAGAACGCCUCGCAGCAUACGCCUGCGGUAAAGCAUCCUUGCAGAGCCCCAACAUGGAGAAAUGCUCCCAGAUGGGGACCUCGGUGACCUCGCCUACCUGUACGCGGCUCAAGCACACAGACAGCCCAGCACUCUCCAGCAUCACGAAGACUCAGCCUGCCAAUAGUGAGAAGAACAUGUACCAGUGAACGCUGGUUGACAGCAAUGAGACAUACAGCCCAAGAUGGUCCUGAAGACACAGACCACCUGCCUCAGCCCCUCAGCCUGGCCUGCUGGCUAAAGGCAUUGAAUGCCCACAGAACUCUGAGCCCAGUCUUUAC